UCUCCAGCCAGAGAAUUACCAUGAAUAAGUCACUUCAAGAGAGUCCACCAAGAAGCCCUGGAAGUGAUUCCGAUGGCAAUGACCAAGUUCAUGACCAAAGCAUCGUGAUCCCUGGCAAACUCGCCGCUAUGGAUGAUAGCUUUGAAAAGAAAGAACACUCAUGGUUUAUCACUUCUCGAACGCCAACAGAUUUAUCAAUCCAAGUUCAAGGAAUCACCUUUAAUGUUCACAAGUAUCCCUUGGUGUCAAAAUGUGGCUACAUACACCGAUUAGAACUUCAGCCUUCAAUCUCAAAUAUGGGGUAUGACCUCAAGCUUGAAAACUUCCCAGGAGGAUCAGAAACAUUUGCAGCUGUUCUAAGAUUCUGUUAUGGUCUCCCAGUAGACUUUCAUUCUACUAACAUAGCCUCACUAAGGUGCGCAUCAGAAUUUCUAGAGAUGACCGAAGAAUUUGAAGAUGGAAAUCUCAUUGCCAAGACAGAGGCUUUCCUCACAUUUGUAGUACUUUCCUCAUGGAAAGACACCAUUACAGUUAUAAAAUCCUGUGAAACUUUAUCUCCAUGGGCUGAAAAUCUCCAAAUCGUGAGAAGAUGCUGUGACUCAAUAGCUUGGAAGGCUUCUAGAGAAAUCUCAACAUCCGGAGAUGCAGCUAACGAAGGCGGCUGGUGGUUUGAUUAUGUGGCUACCCUUGGAAUUGACCAUUUCAUUAGAAUUAUAGCUGCAAUAAAGGCAAGAGGAACAAAACCAGAGAUCAUAGGUAAAUGUAUCAUGCACUAUGCAGACAGAUGGUUUCCAGGUAUGGAAAUCGAGUUAGGAGGACUAAGAGGUAUUGGGUAUGGAAAGAAUGAGCUGCAGUUCAGUGUUUAUGGUGGGAACGAGGAAGGGGGCAUUGGACACAGCAAAGAGCAAAAAACAAUUAUUGAAAGCCUAAUAAGUAUACUUCCUCCUCAGCAAGAAGCUGUUUCAUGUAAGUUCCUGUUCAAGAUGUUAAGGUUGGCAAUGGUAUGUUCUGCAACACCAGCUCUGAUUUCAGAGCUUGAGAAGAGAGUUGGGAUGAUGUUGGAAGAUGCCAAUGUCAAUGAUCUUCUGAUUCCUAAUUAUAGAAAUGCCAAACUGGUGAAUUCACCAGAACAAUGUGAAAUGCAUGAUACAGAUGUUGUGCAAAGGAUAGUGGAAUAUUUUUUGAUGCAUGAACAGCAGCAGCAGCAUCAGAAGUCCGGGAAAUGUAAUAUUAGUAAGCUCCUAGACAAUUACCUAGCAGAGAUUGCAAGAGACCAAAAUCUCUCCAUCACUAAGUUUCAAGUUUUAGCUGAAGCAUUGCCAGAAAAUGCUCGAACAUGCGACGAUGGACUCUACAGAGCCAUCGACACCUAUCUCAAGACUCAUCCUUUACUAUUUGAGCAUGACCGGAGAAGACUGUGCAAAAUAAUGAACUGUGAGAAAUUGUCUCUUGAUGCAUGCAUGCAUGCCGCACAAAAUGAUCGAUUGCCUCUACGAACUGCUGUCCAGGUGCUCUUUUCAGAGCAAGUAAAGAUGAGGGCAGCAAUGGUAGAGAAGGAGCCAGCACCAAGUGGCAAUAUCACCGAACAGGCGGGAAACCAGUCAUCUACAGACACAGAGAUCAAGACUCUCAAGGCAGAGCUUGAAAUAGUAAAGAUGACAAUGGCAGAGUUGCAGAGUGACUACUCUGAUCUACAACGGGAGUAUGAAAAUCGAAGCCACAAGCAAAAGAGUGUAUCAGGUUGGAGUUCCAGUUGGAGGAAGAUAAAAAACUCUUUCCAAGCAAAAGAUGGGGAUGAAACUAGAGAUGGACAGCUGAGACCCAAAGCCUUCAGACGAAGGCUAUCCCUCUCAUAAAUUGUCUACCAUCAAACAUCCUGUACCAUAGAUGCUAAGAACAUCAAAAGGCUUGUGAGGAUUAUGCAUACUCCAAUUCCAGAUUCAGUGGGUUUCUUUAUGCAAGGAGUAGAGAAAGAUGAUUAUCUGCCUUAUAUUGCUUGCCCAGUCGCAAAAAAAUAUAGCAGAUGCACAUAAAAUCGGAUAGACAAUGAAGAAAAGAAGAUCAUAAUUUUGGUCAUAUACUAUUUCCAGAUUUAAUGCUACAUUGGUAGCAUUGGUUACAUAUCAAGCAAAAUGUUCGAUCUGUUCAAGAGUAAAUUUCAAAAUUAAGUUCAAA